GAGGAGAGAGAAAAAGGAGGAGAGAAAAAAUGCCGCUGCAACCAAUGGGUCCCUGAGAAAGGUCAAAGAAGUAGCAGAAGAAAGAAGAGAGAAGGGGAAGAACCAGAAGAAGUUCAGAGAGGUAAAAUUACAGAAGAAGUCCAAGGUACCGUUUCUUAGUUCUUUUCUGGUAUUUGUGUUUCUCUUUUAGUUUCACCAUGUUUACGGAGAAGGAUCUCUCAUCAAAUGGUUUUAUUCAUGGAACUGAAAGUUCAAGAAGCAAAAUUAAUAAUAACCAUGUAUCUGUGAAAAGUAACGGAAACCCAGAUUCAAAACAUGAUUUAAGUGAAAAGAGUACUAGUUUAUUGAGAGAAUCAGAGAUGAGUCAUGAUGGGUUUCACCUGAAACCCUUGAAAAUCGGAAAUUUAGGUUCUCAAGAACUCACUUUAAGUUAUCUCUGUGAUAAUUCUAAAAUGGGUUUCCAUGAUAAGGAGAUACCUGGGAAUAAUUUUUUGAGUUCACUCGAGAAAAUUAGGUAUAAGGGUAAAGAGAUUGCUUUGGAUUCUAUAAAUGCACAUGUAGAAGAAAAAUUGGUAGAGAGGGAUUUCUUGCAAUUAAAUGGAAUUAGUGAACGUGCUUCUUCGAAAAGAGAGGUCAAUGAUGAGGAACAAAUUGAAAGAGAGAAUAGAGAAAAGAAACCAAAACUGGAAACCCUUAAUCUCACUUUAUCUCUAACUGAUCAGGCUCCUGUGAUUCCAAGGCCUAGUAGGAGCACCCAUUCUAUGAUGCCUUCAAACAAUAAUACCCGAACUGGGAGUUCUGAUGAUUUUACAGCAGCAUCACUUUCUUAUUCAUAUUCACACCAAUUCUCGCACAACCCUAGCUGCUCUCUCACCCGUAAUUCAACAGAGAACUACGAGUACUCUGGGAGCCACAGGAGAGAGAAUGACCAGAUUUGGUAUGGUGGUGAGGGGACUAACGGGUCAGUUCAUAGUCGGUUUAAACCAGUCGGAGAUGGGGUUAGUUUGUCAAACCACGGUGGUUUUGGAUACACCUCGAUGCAGAGUAACCCUAAUCCACUGAUCAUUAAGGAAUCUUCCAACAGUCUUUACAGACCAACUGGGUCCGAGAACAAUUCAUUUUUUCCAUCCGAAUUGCCCGCUAGACCAAAGAAAGAUACUCAAUCAGGUGAUUCAAGAGGAAGACCGUCUGAGCAAAAGAGGGUUUUUGAGCAUUCAGAUGGUGUGAGGCCACGCAAAUUAACAAGCCCCGAGAGACUUCUACGCGAAUUAGUUUCUGAGUCUAUCCCUGUCAUGUCACAGAUAUUUCAAGAGCUUCCAGAUGAAACAAUUAAAUCUACUAAGGAGCAUUUGAAGAGUCUCAUUGGGAUGCUUGAUAAGAGAGAGGAACUAGUGGGUCUUCAGAACCGUCUAGAAAGAAGGUCUGAUCUCACGUUCGAAAUGCUUUCUAAAUCCAACAAAGCGCAACUUGACAUCUUAGUUGCCAUAAAGACAGGCCUUGCAAGUUACUUAACCGGGAAGAAUCAUUUACCUACUUCAGAACUUGUUGAGAUCUUUUUGCUCAUGAGGUGUCGGAAUGUGAAUUGUAUAUCUUUAUUGCCCGUCGAGGAUUGUGAGUGCCAGAUAUGUUCAUCUAAGAAGGGGUUUUGCAAUGCCUGCAUGUGCCCUGUUUGUUUUAACUUUGAUUCAGCCAAUAACACUUGUAGCUGGGUUGGCUGUGAUGCAUGUUCACAUUGGUGCCACACUGUCUGUGGCAUCCAAAGGAAACUUAUCAAGCCAAGUCCCCGUUUAGGAGGACCGUCAGGGACUACAGAUAUGCAAUAUCAUUGCCUUGGAUGUGCGCAUGCUUCUGAUAUGUUUGGAUUCGUUAAGGAUGUUUUCGCACAGUGUGCAAAAGAUUGGGGGCUUGAGAAUCUAAAAGCAGAACUUGAUUGUGUCAAGAAGAUCUUCAGGGGUAGUGAGGAUUCGAAGGGAAAGGAACUGCAAAUGAAAGCUGAAGAAGUGCUCUCUAAGCUUGAAAAUAAUCUCAUUUCUUCAACGGAUGCUUGUAAUCAUAUCCUUCAGUUUUUCAUAUAUGGUGGCAGCAGUUCAGACUUAUCUGGUUCAUGUGUUAGUUUAUCAAAAAGCUUGUCGGCAUCAGUUAACAUAGGCCAACAGGUAGAUUUGGGUUCUUGCCCGCCGUCUAAUUUUGUGGCCCCUAAAUCUUCUGCACCUUACAACAAUAAUUCAUCUACACUACGGAGGGAUUUGCCAUCUCAUAGAGAGGAUAGUUGUCAAAAUGACCUUAAAGCCCUCAUGAGCGGCAAUGCUGUUAAAAAGGUGUUGCAGUCCAGUAUUUUGUCAGAGGAUGGGUUUGAAAGCUUGGAAAGCGUUGUACGAAUUAAGGAAGCAGAGGCAAGGAUGUUCCAAACCAGAGCUGAUGAUGCAAGGCGGGAGGCAGAAGGGUAUCGAAGAAUGGCUUGUUCAAGAAAUGAGAAGUUGGAAGAAGAAUACGCCAACAAACUUUCCGAGUUGUGUUUGCAGGAAACAGAGGAAAAGCGAAGAAAGAAACUUGAGGAACUCAAGGCUUUGGAAAACUCGCAUUGUGAUUAUUACAACAUGAAGAUCAGAAUGCAAGCUGAAAUCGCAAGCUUGUUGGAGAGAAUGGAAGCUACAAAGCAGCAAUGGGUGUAGUAAAUCUCUUCGUCUCCUCUCUUCAUAUGAAGAUCAGAAUGCAAGCUGAAAUCGCAAGCUUGUUGGAGAGAAUGGAAGCUACAAAGCAGCAAUGGGUGUAGUAAAUCUCUUCGUCUCUCUCUUCAUAUGAAGAUCAGAAUGCAAGCUGAAAUCGCAAGCUUGUUGGAGAGAAUGGAAGCUACAAAGCAGCAAUGGGUGUAGUAAAUCUCUUUGUCUCCUCUCUUCAUGUGAAGGUGAUGGGGAUAAAGGUAAUGUAAAUUGCUUAUGUUGCUGUUGUUAUUUUAAUUUUGUCGUCAUGGAUUUUGUGUAAUUUGGAUCUGUGUGUUAUUAAAAUGAAAAGAAAAAUUGAUUUGGUAUCUGGA